GUCAGAAGGCUCCGGUGACAUUCGCCAAGGGAAUCGAGCUCAAGCCGCAAUUCAAGUUCGCUUGCGUCCACUCAGCUGUUACUCCGACAAACCGGUCGAAUCAGUGUAUCCAACAAAGACAUCAUUUUUCGAGACGAGGCUUCGAGCCUGAGAGCUACAUCAGCUUACUCUUGCCCCUCGAGCCUCGCCGUCCAUCUUCCGACCCUUAACCAUGUCGACCGUCACCCGUACCCUGCGCAAUUUGUGGAAGAUCGGUUUCAAAGAGUAUGGCCAUCAGAUACAAUAUAUGGGAGAUACCAAGUAUGGCGUCCUCGUGGGCAAGGAUCGAUAUGGAAACAAAUUCUAUGAGAACUUAGAGGAAGAUCUUCCACUACGGACCCGAUGGGUCGAUUACAAAGACAAAGAGCUGGACGCAAGUCAAAUAGAGCCCGGUUGGCAUGCGUGGAUGAGCUACCUGGUAGACAAACCACCUGUCGAAGAUAAAAUCAUGGCUGUUGGACUGCGGCCAUGGGAACCCAAAGAACCCAAAAUCAACAUGACAGCCAGCAGAGCUGCAUAUCGCCCAUACUCAACGACGAAACCGAAGUACAGCACCUGGGACCCUGUGGCCAAACCGCGAGACGGUUCAACACCAUUCGCCCAAAGGGACAUUCGGGAAGGAGGAGAGUUUGAACCAAAAGCAUAGGCUGAUGCUACGACAUUAAAGCUUGUACAGAUGCAUGCAUGAGGCGUUUCGAGAAGGGGUUCGCUUGCAAAACAACAAUUCUAUAUCGCAGGAUGGGGUAUCUUGAAUAUGCCACAACAAAACCGACCUCGGACUCCAAUGCCUUGUCAUUUCAUGCCUCUGUCGUGCGCCGGUGUAUCCUUGCCGGUCCCAGUUCCGCUCGCACUUCAUCAAGUUGUUGAAGAC